AUGUAUGAAUGGCUUUGUGAAAAUACACAUCUUGUUAACACAAAGUUUAAAAAGUUUGUAAAGAUUUUACAACAGAAUAACAUCACCGGCGUAUGUUAUGAGUCAAAAACCAUUGAUUGGGAUUAUGCUGCUAAGGUGAUACGUGAUAAUGUGGAUUUCGAUUGCGACUCGCUUGUUGAUUGCGAACUAUUGGCUUGUGCUUUACCCGACAUUGAACAUUACGCUUUGGAACACAUGAUUUGCUUUUCUAAAAAUAAUUUCUCAUAUAACAAUUCAUUAUAUAUUCUGAAUGAAGAAGGCUCUUCUAAAAAUAAUAAUAAUUUAUCAUUUAAAAAUACAUCACAUAUUCUGAAUGAAGAAGGUGAUGGUAUCGCAUCAUCCAUCUCAACACAAAAAAUACACACAGCAUUAAUUAAUAAUGACAUAAAAAAGAAAGCUGUUUUAGAGAAAAUAAUAGAUACUCUUAUCACUAUUAAAGAACAAAAUAAUCAAAUAUUAGCUCAAUUAAGAAAAGUUCCUCAAGCAAAAGGAGCUGUCUCAUUCUCCCUGCCAGAGAAUAUACCUGUUCAUCUACCAUUAAAAACAAACGAAAAUUUAUGCCUCUUGGAAGGAUUCAUUGUAGACGAAACUAAUUCAUAUAAUUUGCAUUCAUUUCUGUCGACUUUAGGAGGUCGAGAUAUUACAAGCAAAACAAAUAAAAUUUUGAAACAGUUGUUUUCAGAUGAAUUGUCUCAAAAGUAUAGUUUUUAUGGGAAACGAUUACCAAAGAAACCUUUUCAUUCUUUAUUGAUAAAAGAUAUUAUAAUAGAUGCAGUGAAAUGUACAACACCAGGUGCUAACAAUCAGGCCAUCGAGGACUCAAUAAAAGUCUGGUUAAAACACGCUCCUCAACGUUUUAAAAAAAUAAACAACAAUUAGUUGCAGCAUGUCUUUAACGUCAUAUAGAAAAGGUUGCGUUGGGAAACGACAAACAUAUCGAAGAAUUGCCAAUGAAAAGGUAAAAUUAUUUAAAGACUUGAUUGUGUCGAAUGUCCAACAAUCUAAUAAAGAGAAAAAUAUUAAGGCUGAUAAAAUACGAAGAGAUUAUAACGUUAGCGAAGAAAAAAUAUAUGUCGCUUCUGACGACGAGAAUAAUACUUGUGAUAAUGAGCAUACCGAAAAUCAGUCUUCUUUAGAUUUAAGUUGCGAAUUAGAUAACGUUGUUAAUAUAAAAGAUAAAGACACACCUGAUUUGAAUCUUCGUAACUUCAUAAAUCACUGGGCUAUUAAGCACAAUAUAACUCAUUCCGUCUUAACAGAUCUUUUACAUUUUAUGCAUAAUCUUCACCCAGAAUUGCCCUUAAACUCUAAAACUUUGUUACAAACUCCACUAUCUAUUAACAAAAAGAAAUUAGAUACCGGAGAAUACUGCCAUAUUAGUUUAACGCGAAAUUUAGAAUAUAUAUUUAAAUUUUAUGUUGGGACAACGAUGGAACUAAGUUUCAACAUCGAUGGACUUCCUUUAUUUAAUAGCACAAACAACCAUUUAUGGCCUAUUUUAGGACUUGUCAAAAAUAUGAAAAUGCCUCCAUUUGUUAUAGGAGUUUUUUAUGGUCAGUCUAAACCAUUUCCUUUACAAUUAUAUCUCGCAGAUUUUAUAGAAGAACUUUCUUUUUUGUUAAAGAAUGGACUUAGAGUUAAUGACAGAUAUUUUAACAUUAAAAUUCACAGUUUCAUAUGCGAUGCUCCUGCUCGGGCUUAUGUAAAACAAAUAAAAAAUCAUAAUGGAUAUUCUUGUUGUGAGAAAUGUGAAGAGAGUGGUACAUAUUUUGAAGGACGUAUUAUUUUAAGAAGUACUAAUGCAA